AUGGGUAUUUUAUCUAUUGUUAUUUUAACUUGUAAAAGUGUCGCAUUAGCAUGUUUAUUUAUAUCUGUUUACGCAUAUCAUUGGUUUCAAAUUGAUAACUAUUCAGUCAACAAAGAUCUAGUUCAAGAUUUAUGUAUUUCAUAUGGAGCAUUUUGUAAUUUAGAAGACCAAAUGCCAUUACCACGUUUAAUUGUUAUUGCACCAUGUGUAUUUUUAGUUAUUAGUCUUUUAUUAGAAAUUAUUAAUCUUUGUUUAUUAUGUCCAGUAUGGUCACGUGUUCCAACAUUAUUAAAUUGUUUUCUUGAACAAACAAGUGUUGCUUUAUCAUGCGCUGUUACAAUUCAUUGUAUUUGGGUUACUAUUGUUCAUAUUCGUAUAUCAAUGGAAAUGCGUAUAGUUCAUCUUCAUUGGACAUUUUUUGCUUUUGGAUUAGCUACUAUACUUAUUCCUAUUGAUUGUAUUUGUUCAAUAGUUCGCAUUAUGAAUAAUUGUCAAUAUGACGAAAAUAGUGAAACAAAUCAUGGCAUACAAUCUUAUAGACAAGAACUUGCUAUUCUAACAACUUUGAUAUUUGUAUUAGCUACUGUUAUCCUAAUUGUUAUGGGAUUUGUUGUAGUUGCAAGUCAAUCACAUGAAAUGAUUGAUUGGUCAUUUAUUAUAUUUAUUUUAUCAUCCAUGUUAGGUUUUACUGAUUUAAUAUGUUCAUUAGUUCGCGUGGUUUCAUAUUGUCGUGAAAAUUCAUUUCGUUCAACUUCAAUAACAUAUACAGUCAAUGAUAAUCAGGGAGCAGUUCAAAUUCAAUCAUAA